GUUGCAUCAAGUGAUUUUUUGAGAUCAUUUCCCAAUUGAGGACGACAGACUACGGGAAAGAGGAGAUUGGUUGUGGUGGGGAUUGAAGCUGUGAUUUGGGAUCGCUUCAGGAUCUUCUGCUGAUAGGUUUAUCCAGCAGACUUCAAGAGCUGGAUUCCAUGCAGAGCUAAAGGCCUUCUCCUUUUCUUCCUCCCGCUACUAUUUCAUUGAGCACUCAGUACCAGUGCUUUUCGCACAUAUUUUCCCAAGUUAAGAUUUUCAGACCUGUGGAAAAUGGCUAUCGAAAGUGCUUGUGGAUCCAUUACAACUAUGCUAGCAGAACUCAUGGUGGAACCAGUAAGAAGGCAGUUCCGUUACAUGUUCUGUUUCCACCAUUUUGUUAAAGAAUUCAAACAACAAAAGGAGAACCUGAUUUCGGCAAAAGAACGUCUGCAAGACGAUGUCGAAGUUGCUGAAAGGAAUGCUGAAGAAAUUUACGAAGAUGUGAAAAAGUGGCUGAGAGAUGCAGAAAACGAAAUUGAAGGUGCGGAGCCCUUGGAAAAUGAAAUAGGAAAAAAUGGCAAAUGCUUCACUUGGUGUCCAAACUGCAUGCGACAAUUCAAGUUAAGCAAGGCACAGGCCAAGAAGUCGGAGACUUUCAGAGAACUUUUAGAAAAGAAUUUUACAAAAGUGUCCCACAGAGCUCAUCCUCAGCCCAUAGAAUUUCUCCCAUCAAAGGAAUUCACGCCCUCAGAAUCGUCAGAAGAAGCUUUCAAACAGAUCAUGAAAGCUCUCAAAGAUGACAACGUCAAUAUGAUCGGACUGCACGGCAUGGGAGGGGUGGGUAAAACAACCCUGGUGAAAGAAGUAGGCAGGAGAGCCAAAGAGUCGCAGCUUUUUCCUGAAGUUUUGAUGGCUACGGUGUCCCAGAAUCCAAAUGUCAUAGGCAUCCAGGAUCGAAUGGCAGAUAGUUUACAUCUGAAAUUUGAAAAAACGAGUAAAGAAGGUAGAGCAAGUGAAUUAUGGCAGAGACUGCAGGGAAAGAAGAUGCUUAUAAUCCUGGAUGAUGUUUGGAAACAUAUUGACUUGAAAGAGAUAGGGAUCCCAUUUGGUGAUGAUCACAGGGGUUGUAAAAUUCUUCUAACAACACGUCGUGCAAAAGCAUGUUCUUCUAUGAAAUGCCAGCAAAAAGUGUUCUUAAGAGAAUUACCUGAAAAAGAAGCAUGGGAUUUAUUCAGAAUCAGUGCAGGUUUAGAUGAUGGGGACUCUACCUUGAACGAAGUGGCAAGGGAUGUUGCGAGAGAAUGCCACGGCUUGCCAAUAGCACUCGUGACAAUGGGAAGGGCUCUGAGAGAUGAAUCUGCAGUUAAGUGGAAAAGAGUGUCUAAACAGCUAAAAAACUCUCAAUUUCCGGACAUGGAUCAAAUUGAAGAAAAAAAUGCAUAUGCAUGUCUUAAGUUGAGCUAUGAUUAUUUGAAGUCCAAGGAAACCAAGUUAUGUUUCUUGCUAUGCUGUUUAUUUCCAGAAGAUUACAACAUUCCAGUCGAGGACUUGACGAGAUAUGCAGUUGGCUAUGGAUUACAUCAAGAUGGGGAGCCCAUUGAAGAUGCAAGGGAACAAGUUCAUGUGGCAAUCAAAGACCUCAAAGCUUGUUGUUUGUUGCUGGGCACUGAAACUGAAGAACAUGUGAGAAUGCAUGACUUGGUUCGUGAUGUUGCUAUUCAGAUAGCAUCAUCAAAAGAAUAUGGAUUCAUGGUGAAGGCUGGCAUUGGGUUGAAGAAGUGGCCAAUGGGCAAUAAAAGCUUUGAAGGUUGUGAAACAAUUUCGUUAAUGGGCAAUAAACUAGCGGAACUUCCUGAAGGAUUGGAAUGUCCAAAGCUCAAAGUUCUAUUAUUAGAAGUGGAUUCUGGUUUGAAUGUUCCAGAGAGGUUUUUUGAAGGGAUGAAAGCAAUUGAAGUUUUGUCUCUUAAGGGAGGGUGUUUGUCAUUGCAAUCACUCGAACUCUCAACGAAACUUCAAUCGUUGGUGUUGAUGGAUUGUGGAUGUAAGGACCUCAUUUGGUUGAGAAAGCUGCAGAGACUAAAGAUUCUUGUUUUUCAGUGGUGCUCAUCCAUUGAAGAACUACCUGAUGAAAUAGGAGAGCUCAAGGAGUUAAGGUUGUUGGAUGUGACAGGUUGUGAAAGGCUAAGAAGGAUCCCUGUGAAUUUGAUUGGAAGGUUGAAGAAGUUAGAAGAGCUGUUGAUCGGGGAUCGCAGCUUUGAUGGAUGGGAUGUUGUCACCAGCACAGGAGGAAUGAAUGCAAGCCUAAGAGAACUACAUUCGUUGUCUCAGUUAGCCGUAUUAUCAUUGAGGAUACCGAAGGUCAAAUGCAUUCCCAAAGAUUUUGUUUUUCCAGUUAGCUUGCGCAAAUAUGAUAUAAUAUUAGGGUAUGGGCUUCUGCCAGGACGAUACCCAACCUCGACAAGAAUAAGUUUGGUUGGUACAUCCUUAAAGGCGAAAACAUUUGAGCAAUUGUUUUUACAUAAAUUAGAAUGUGUAGGAGUGAGGGCUUGUGGGGAUGUUUCCACUCAGUUUCCAGCAAGAUUGCGGCAAGGUUUAAAAAAUCUAAGGAGGGUGGAAAUUGAGGACUGCAAAUCAUUGGAAGAGGUAUUUGAAUUGGGUGAGGCUGAUGAAGGAAGCAGUGAGGAGAAGAAGCCGCUGCUGCUGUCAUCUUUAACAGAGUUACAGGUGCGAAGGUUACCUGAGCUCAAAUGCAUAUGGAAAGGGCCCGCCAGACAUGUCAGUCUCCAAAGUCUUGUUCGCCUGAAUUUGGAUUCUCUCGACAAACUGACAUUUAUCUUCACACCGUCCCUCGCUCAAAGUCUGCCAAAGCUGGAAACCCUUCACAUAAGAGAUUGUCAUGAAUUGAAGCAUAUUAUCAGAAAAGAGGAUGGUGAAAGGGACAUAAUUCCAGAGUCUCCUCGCUUCCCAAAAUUAAAAGAUAUCUUCAUAGAACGCUGUGGUAAACUGGAAUAUGUCCUCCCUGUCUCCGUGUCUCGAACUCUUCAAAGUCUGCCACAGCUAGAAACACUUGAGAUAAGUUUUUGCGGUGAAUUGAAGCAUAUUAUCAGAGAAGAGGAUGGUGAAAGGGAAAUAAUUCCAGAGUCUCCUUGCUUCCCAAAAUUAAAAACUCUCCGUGUAUCACGCUGUGGUAAAAUGGAAUAUGUCUUCCCUGUCCUCGUGUCUCUAACUCUUUUGAGUCUGCCAAAGCUGGAAAUCCUUGACAUAAGAUAUUGCGGUGAAUUGAAGCAUAUUAUCAGAGAAGAGGAUGGUGAAAGGGAAAUAAUUCCAGAGUCUCCUUGCUUCCCAGAAUUAAAAACUAUCAUCAUAGAAGAGUGUGGUAAACUGGAAUAUAUCCUCCCUGUCUCUGUAUUUCCAAGCCUGCAAAAGAUGCGGAUUCUUAAAGCUCAUAAUUUAAAGCAAAUAUUUUACAGUGGAGAAGGAGAUGCACUCCCCACAGAUGGCAUCAUCAAGUUCCCUCGACUAAGUGAAUUGGUUCUUUCUUCCGGAUCAAAUUACAGCUUCUUUGGUCCAAGGAAUUUUGCUGCCCAAUUGCCUUCCUUGCAAAUUCUGAGAAUCGAUGGCCACAAAGAGUUGGGAAAUUUGUGUGCACAGCUCCAAGGGUUGUCAAAUUUGGAAACAUUAAGCUUGAAGUCUCUGCCUGACAUGAGGUGUAUAUGGAAGGGAACAUUGGAGCAAAACGGCUUCUUACUAAGAUUAGAAUCUGUACUGGUGAACAAUUGUGGGGAUGUUCGCGUUCUGUUUCCAGCAAAAUUGCUGCCAGAUCUGAACAAUCUAAGGAAGGUGGAAAUUAAGGAUUGCAAAUCAUUGGAAGAGGCAUUUGAAUUAGGUGAGCUGCCUGAUGAAGGAAGCAAUAAGGAGAAGGAGCUGCCGCUGCUGUCAUCUUUAAAAGUGUUACUGCUGCGAGGGUUACCUGAGGUCAAAUGUAUAUGGAAGAGGCCCACCAAGCAUGUCAGCCUCCAAAAUCUUGCUGUUCUGAUUUGGAUUCUCUCAACAAACUGACAUUUAUCUUCACACCGUCCCUCGCUCGUUGUCUGCCAAAGCUAGAAAGACUUUACAUAAGUAAAUGCGGUCAAUUGAAGCAUAUUAUCAGAGAAGAGGAUGGUGAAAGGGACAUAAUUCCAGAGUCUCCUGGCUUCCCAAAAUUAAAA